AUGGAACAAAUAGUGAAAACCCGAGACGUGGAGAAGUUUGUGUCGGAAACGAAGUACUUCCUCGACGAGUUCGACUCGAUCAUCAGCCACUGGGAUCUGUCGGGAAACUUUUUCCUGCACUACCUUAUCGAGAUACACGAAAACGUGACUCAGCUGCUCGCCCGGUUUACUACGCUUUCGCUCGAGGGCGUCGGCGACCGGAAGAGCAAGCCCUUCUUCAACCUCAAAUGUUGCGGGCUUGAAUUUCAAACAGUUAAAGACCUGCGACUACACCACCACUCGUGCCGACACAAGAAGUCCCACUUCGAGGAAACAGAUAAUUGCGAGCUCAAAUCUGCCCUGCUGAAACUUGCCUUCUUCAACCGGAGGGUAAAUGAGUACGUGCAAUAUGGUACCGUAGCCGACCGCUACCUCUGUCUGUAUCUGAAGAAAAUCCUGAAAAAGAUCAUCAUCACACUGGACACGUUCAACCUGUAG